AUGUCUCCGCAUCACUCUUUACGCCACUUUAAGAAGGGAAUCUCGUUAACGACACAAUGGACGGGGAAGGAGCAUAAAGAGAUGGAGAAGGUGUUUCUUGGACUGACCGCCAAUGCAACUGACCCUCGCGUGCUCCGUGCUGUUCGGGGUCUCCUGGACUUCACCUAUUACGCUCAUUUCCGGGUUCAUUCUGAUGAAUCGCUCUCCCUGAUGGACACUGCCUGGUCGAAUUUCCACGCAAACAAGGAAAUAUUCGAAACUCUAGGUAUCCGGGAACACUUCAAUAUCAGCAAAAUCACGAAGCUCAAGCAUUACACGGACUCGAUUCGAUCCCGCGGCGUAACUGGCAGUUUCAAUACUGAGCACACAGAGCGCUUGCAUAUCGAUUUCGCCAAGUCGAGCUACCGUGCAAGCAACCACAAGGACUAUAUUCCCGAGAUGAUCAAAUGGCUAGAGCGCCAGGAGGCUGUUCGAAAGUUUGCUUCAUACUUGGAGUGGGCUGUUCCGGGUUACGAAGCCGAGUUCACAGCUCUUGAAUCUGCUACGUCCGAUCUCUCACUUAAUAGCCCUGAGGCUAACUCAACCAGUGACGACACUGAUGAUAUCGACACCCUUGACGUUGAUGAUAUCCAGUCACAUCGUCUCUCUAAGAAGCCGGCCUUCCGUAAUAUUCCGAUCACACAACUCUCACAAGACUAUCAUGCACCAGACUUGUUGUUCCGUGUCAACGACUUCUUCCGCGACAAUUCCAUCCCUCUCCUUCGCGAACUCACAUCCACAUCUCCUCUUGACGUCUAUAAACUUGCCUCCCUUACGCUUCCGGCAAUACCGGAAAUCUCGUCAACACCCGUUUUGGAUAAAUUUCGUGCUGUCAAGGGAGAGCAUAGAAAAGAGACACCAAAUGGACUCAAGCCAGCCAAAGCUCCAUGCUUUGAUACUGUGCUGAUACACAUUGGUGAAGGCCCAGUUGAUUCCAUUACUACUCUUCGUGCUGCUCGACUUCGGCUGAUAUUCCGGGUUCCUGAUACACAUGAUUCUACUUCAACUCCACUUGCUUAUGUGGAAUGGUAUACUCCUUUCACACGAUUCAGCACUGACCUUGGCAUGUUUGAAAUCUCCCCCUCUACUCGCCAUCAUCGCCGACAUUCCCAAGUUGUCAAGCUCUCACACGUAAUCCGUUCAUGCCAUCUGAUUCCUGUGUUUGGUGCCAAACAGGUCAGGGCAACAUGGGUUUCUGAAUAUGUUUUAGACCAAGCAUCAAAUUUUUACCUCAAUCCUUAUCUUCGUCAUCAUGAUUUCUUUCUCCUUCGCUAUAGGCCUGAUCUCGAGCACUUCCGAAAGCAGGAACAGCUGCGUCGUGCUCGGAUUCGAAAACUGGGUCGUGCAGGUCGUUUUACAGAUAAUAUAUAA